AUGGUGAUCGACUCAGGCGGCGACUCACUAGCCUACAAUGUCACUGAUUCAAAGGAGACCCCUAAAGGCUCGGCAGCUUCCAGUGACUCUGCUCUCCGGGGGAGCGGCAAAACUACGCUCUUGGAGCACAUCCUCAAGUCGCAGGACCAUGGCUUGCGGAUCGCCGUCAUCGUCAAUGAUAUGAGCUCACUGAACAUCGAUGCCGCCCUGAUCCGGAAUCACAAAGUCUCCCAAACUCAAGAAAAAUUGAUCCAGCUACAGAACGGCUGCAUCUGCUGUACCCUCCGUGGAGACCUCUUGGCUGAGCUUGCCCGCUUGACCAAGCUCAACGAGGUCGAAUACGUGAUUAUUGAGAGCACGGGUAUCAGCGAACCUAUGCAGGUUGCUGAGACCUUCACAGCGGAAUUCAGCUCUGCCAUGCUGGAGGCCGAGGACCAGAUCAGUGCGGAGAACGAUGAAGAUGCUAAAAAGAUCCUGAGUGAGAUUGUCGAGCUUGGAGGGCUGCAUACCAUGGCUCGUCUCGACACCACAGUGACUGUGAUCGACGCCUUCAAUCUUCUGUCCAACUUCGACACCGCUGAAUUCCUCUCGGAUCGCUAUGGACGGGAAGAAAUCGUCCCCGAGGACGAGAGAACUAUCUCCGACCUCAUGGUCGAUCAGAUCGAGUUUGCCGACGUCCUGGUCAUCAAUAAAAUCGAAACCGUCGACCAAGCUACGCGUGACAAGAUUAUGCAACUUGUCAAGCUUCUCAACCCUGACGCCAAGGUCCUGAUGUCCAGCUACUCCCAAAUUGACGUCCGCGAGAUUAUCGCCACUGGCAAGUUCGACUUCGUGCGCGCUGCCUCCGGGGCAGGCUGGCUUCGGAGCUUGCACGAAAUGACGAUCCAGUCCACGGGCAAUGGCAACAGAAUGGCGCCUAAGCCUGAAACUCUGGAGUAUGGUAUCAACAACUUUAACAAUGAACUAGAAGGGCAAGAGGAUGGCAACGAGGAAGAGUCAGAAGAGGAGGUAGGAAAUGAUGAGGCUGAUGAUGAUGAUGAUGAUGAAAUGGACACCGACUCGGUGGAAGACUUUGACCAGCCCGACCCAAAUGACAUCCUUAGAAACAAGCGAGAGAGUCCAGCUUUCGGCCCUGUCCUACGAUCAAAGGGCUUCUUUUGGCUCCCCACUCGCCCCUUCCAAUUCGGCGAAUGGUCUCAAGCAGGCGGUAUCUUGACCAUUGGAUGUGGAGGUCCCUGGUUUGCGGAGGUUCCAGAUGACGUCUGGCCAGAGGACCCAGAUGUCCGCAAGUCGAUUCAAAAUGACUUCCAGGAGCCCUGGGGUGACCGACGCCAGGAGAUUGUCUUCAUUGGAGAGGGAAUUGACCCCGAGAAGGUUUCCGCGGCCCUGGAUGAAUGUCUGCUGGAUGACUAUGAUAUGAAGAAAUGGGAAAAGGUCAUGAAGAACAAGAAGCUCAGUCGCGAAGCCAAGACAAAGAAAUUAGCUGCUCUCUUUGAGGAUGGCUGGGAGGAAUGGCCCCCGUUUGAGAUUGAGGACGAAGAGGAACGGGUGGGCAAGCACCGCAUUAGCGAGCACCUGGGCCACAAUCACGAUCACAAGGGCCGUAAGCACCUGGUAUCAGCAACCGCGUAA